AUGGUGCACAUUGUUCAGUAUCGGCCUUUAAGACUAAUAACCCAAAACAGUCUUUCCAGUGUGUGUUUAAAACUCAUGCUUUCAAGACCUGUUGCCUUUUCACAGAUAUGGAAGUCAUGGUUCUCAAGCCAUUCUCUUGUUGGAAACAAAAAUAUUAUCUUGAUGGGACCUCCGGGUGCUGGGAAAACAACGGUUGGGAGAAUAGUAGGUCAGAAACUAGACUGCCCUGUCAUAGACAUAGAUGACGAUGUCCUUGAAGCAACCUGGAACAUGAGUGUGUCAGAAAAACUGCAGGAUGUUGGUAAUGAGCAAUUUUUAGAGGAGGAAGGAAAAGCCCUGUUGAAGUUUUCAGCAUCUGGAAGUGUCGUUUCCCUCACUGGGUCCAAUCCAAUGCAUUCUGCUGGCAUGCAGCAUAUGAAGAAAAAUGGAAUAGUAGUAUAUCUGGAUGUGCCCACAACAGUCAUUAUGAGCAGGCUGAAAUCAAUGAAAGUGGAUCGCAUCGUGGGCAAUUCUCCUGGUGUUUCUCUCAAGGACAUACUUCAGUUUAGGAAGCAGUUCUACAAAAGGUGGUAUGACAUCCGUGUUCUUUGUGGAGGGGAUAUUGAAGCAGAGGUUGUAGCAGAAAAGGUACUUGAUGCUGUGAAGAGAUAUCAAAACUCAGAACUGGAAACUUUCAUUUCAACUAGGUCUAGUAGGUCUGGAAGGAGUACAGAAAAAGAGUCUCAUAAGUAUUUCAGUGAUGUUGUUACUGAGGGCCUAGCCCCUGAUGGAGGACUCUUUGUUCCUGAGAGAGGACUUCCAAAAUUCACUGCUGGAGAAUGGCAAAGCCUAAUAGAAGCAACUUACAGUGAAAGAGCCCAGGUGAUACUGGAAAGAUGCAUACAUCCUGCUGAUAUUCCUGCUUCUAAGCUGGCAGAAAUUAUUGGAACUGCUUAUGGAGAAAACUUUACUUGUUCUAAAAUUGCCCCAGUUAGGCAUCUGGCAGGCAAUCAGUUUCUCCUGGAGUUAUUUCAUGGACCAACAGCAUCAUUUAAAGAUUUUUCGUUACAGAUAGUGCCACAUAUAUUUGCAUAUUGCAUUCCCAGAAGCUGCAAUUACUUGGUUCUGGUAGCUACUUCUGGUGAUACAGGGAGUGCUGUCCUAGAUGGCUUUAGUCGUCUCCAUGACAGUGACAAACAGAGAAUUGCUGUGAUGAAUUUUUUUCCUGAGGAUGGAGUAAGCCCAAUUCAAAAAUCACAGAUGAUUGGCUGUCAGAAAGAAAAUGCCUGGUCAGUGGGUGUCAAAUCUGAUUUUGAUUUUUGUCAGACAGCUAUAAAGCAAAUCUUUACUAAUUCUGAUUAUACUGGCUUUCUUACAGUAGAAUAUGGAACUUCUUUAGCUGCAGCAAACUCCAUAAACUGGGCACGGCUGCUUCCUCAGAUAGUUUAUCAUGCUUCUGCAUACCUUGAUCUUGUUCAUCGAGAUAUUAUACCUUUUGGAAGCCCUGUAGAUAUUUGCAUUCCCACAGGAAACUUUGGCAACAUAUUAGCCUCUUUGUAUGCUAAAAUGAUGGGAAUUCCUAUUAGAAAAUGUAUUUGUGCUUCCAAUGAGAACAAUGUUUUGACUGACUUCAUAAGAACAGGUGUUUAUGAUUUGAGGGGAAGAAAAUUAAUUCCCACUUUUUCUCCAGCAGUAGAUAUUUUAAAGUCCUCCAAUCUUGAGCGAUACUUGCACCUGAUUGCUAAUGAAGAUGGACAACUGGUGACACAAUUGUAUAACCAGCUGGAAAAUCAGGGCCACUUCCAGCUACGGAAAGAUCUCCUUGAAAAGCUUCAGCAAUGGUGCUCUGAGGAGGACUGUUUAGCUGCCAUUCACUCUGUAUACAGCACUACAGGAUAUAUUUUGGAUACACACACAGCUGUUGCUAAAGUAGUUGCAGAUCGAUUACAAGAUAGAACAUGCCCAAUUAUUAUUUCAUCUACAGCUCAUUAUUUUAAGUUUGCACCUGCUAUCUUGAGAGCCUUGAGGAUUGCAGAAAUAAAACAGAAUCCAUUAAGUCAGCUUCACUUGCUGAGUUCUUACAGCCCUCUGCCUCCAGUCCACUGGGGCCUAUUGGAGACCCUGAAAAAGAAGGGGAAUGAGGAUCACCAGGUCUGUGCUGCUGAUAUGAGUAUGCUGAUGUCCCGUAUAGAAGCCUUAAUUCAAAAUCAUUUUAUGAAAGUUUUCUGAGCAACUGAUCAGACAUUCACUGCCUCAAUUGCGAUAUCUUCUUAGCAAGCUGCAUGUUGUAGUAAAAAGAU